AUGUCAAAGAGAUUUGCGGGUUCUCAGAUGACCAGAGAAGGUCUUGAGAACGGACAUAGUAAUAAUGUUUCAGAUGACGAGACUCCAUUUGAUAAACCUGCCGUUGCCAGCGAAUCUGUAAUGAGUACCAGAAAAAUUGCAAUGCCAAAGAGGAAAAUGGGAGGAUUUACUGCGGGUGAUAAACCUAACAUGUUCAAAGUGAUAAAGGAUGACAAGAAACCUCAAGGCACUGACUUAAACGAAAAACUCACGGCAUUGAACGUGCAAUUCAAAAAUAAAAUAAAUUCUACAUUGGAAUCAGAUCCAGUUGCUGAUAUUUCUUUCCUGUUCGAUAAAUACAAGACCUAUUCGCAACAGUUAAGGUCAGAAGCGAAAACUAAUGGCGCUGCAAACGCUCCUCCAACUAGCUCAUUCACAUUUGGUACCACAUCAGCAAAUGUGGAGAAACCUAAAAAUCCAUUUGCAUUCGCAAAGCCUAGCGCAGCACCAUCAUUUGCUCUACCUUCGGAGGUGACUAAACCGACAACGACCGUAACGGAAGAGAGACUGCAAGAUAAAAAAGAACAAAUUGAGAUUAACAGCGAUAGUGAUUCUGAAGAGGAAAAACCAGCCGUUAAUGUUGAAGGCCCAAAGUUUGUCUUGGCUAAGAAACCAACGACGUCUGAUCCGCCUUUCAGCUUCGGUGGGAAUAAGCGUAAGGAACCUGACAGCGAUAGCGACAGCGAGAUAGAGAUCAAGGGACCCCAAUUUACGUUUAAUGGGACUGUAUCGUCCAGUGCCUUUACUUUACCAAAGAAUGAUGCUUCAAGGACAGAGGAAUCUGAACCAGCUGAAAAACCAACGGAUAACAAGCCAGCUAGUAUAUUUGGGAACUCUUCACAAUCUAAACCAACAUUCCCUCCUUCUGCGUCCGCACCAUCCAUAGAGAAAAAUGAGGGAAGCAAACCAGCUCUUCCUGCCUUUGGGUCAAAUAAGGCUGAUAAUGGUAAUUCAUCAUCUCCGUUCUCAUUUUCUUUCAGCAACAAUAAAGAUUUGGCCAAAGAAAGUGAAAAUAAAAAGGAAGAAGCAAAGCCAGCUAGCACCUUCGGUACAUUCUCUGCCCCUGCUCCAUCGGCGGACUCUAAACCAUCGUUUAGCUUCUCUGCUCCAGUGCAAAGGACAGCAACUGAAAACAAAGAUUCAUCAAAGCCUUCCUUUACAUUUGGAGCUAUGGGCAAGGAAAACAGUAAUGAUGAAGCUAAAAAGCCUUCUUUCACAUUCGGUACCUCAACAACCUCUGAAAAACCGGCUGAGUCAUCUAAACCUUCAUUUACAUUUGGUAAAGCUUCAACAGGCUCCACUCCUUUCACUUUUGGAAAACAGGAGACCGACAAAAAAGAUGAGAAAAAACCUACGUUUACGUUUGGGGCAACAGCAGCAUCAACUGUACCAGCAUUCAGUUUUGGUGCCAACAAAUCUGAAGAGGCGCCUCCACAAGGUGAAUCAUCUGGCUUCAAGAUCUCUUUACCCUUUGCCUCAUCUGCUCCAACAUCUGAUAAGGAUACUGCCAAGGAAGUUAGUGAAAAAAACAGCGAAGACGCAUCUGCUGAGGCACAAGAAGAGCCAUCUAAAACUUUGAAUCUAUCGAACGGUGAGGAGAAUGAGAAUCUACUCUUUUCGCAACGCGCCAAGCUAAUGAUUUUCAAUACUGAGACGAAAGCCUAUGAUUCCCGUGGUGUAGGUGAAUUGAAGGUUUUGCAAAACAAGGAAGACAAUACAAAAGCAAGAAUACUUUGUAGGUCAGACGGUAUGGGUCAUAUUUUGCUAAAUACUAGUAUUAUAAAGUCAUUUUCCUAUGAAGCAUUAGAUCCAAAUAAUGAGAAUUUGGUUAAGUGUCCUGCAAUUAAAGCGGAAGGAGGGUUAGACACAUACGUCGUAAAAGUGAAACAAAAGGCUGAUGGUAGAAAAUUAGUACAAGCGAUCAAGGAUGCUCAAUCACCGAUGUAA